CCGUUUGACCCUCAAGCUAAAACAAUGAUGCUUCUUCCUCCUCCUCCUCCUCCUCCUCUCACCAUCAUCCUCAUACUGCUACUCGCUAUCAGCACUAUUGCCUCUUCAGCCCAACCCUACCAUGCCCUAGUUUCGCCCAUCACCAAAGACUCGUCCACUUCUCUCUACUCCAUCACCCUCGGUCCGAAGGACGGCGGCUAUGUCAUCGACCUCUCGUCCCCGUUUUCAUGGCGUCGCUGCGACCCACAUGAUACCAUCCUUCCCUGUGGCUCCCAGCAAUGCGUCGCCGCGGGACGCUACCAGCCCCAUCCCAAGUCUUGUCCUCAUCAAAGUAGGGUCCAAAUCGGUGGUAAGAAUGACUCGAGGUCCGGUCAUCAAUUUUGCUUGUGUGCAGUGACAGAAUCGAACCCCGUCACCAAGUCAUGUGCGUCGUCGGAGCUGGCGGUCCACAACGUAGUGAUUCCUUCGACGGAUGGCCACGUCCCGAAAGCAAAUAUUACCGUGAAUGGCGUCCCGUUCGCCUGCGCUCCAGAAUCGCUGUUUCAUGCUCUCCCGUCUGGAUCUUCAGGAAUGGCAAGCCUCUCACCCAGUUCCUUGUCUCUCCCCUCACUGUUCAAGAAGGCUAUCGGAGCCACGGCGGUCAACAAGCAGUUCGCAAUUUGCUUGCCGAGCAGUUCUUCAUCCCCUGGAGUGAGCUUCUUCGGAAAUGGGCCGUUUUACUUGCUUCCACCACCAGGUAUCGAUGUCACACAGCUCCUCGCGUUCACUCCAUUGCUUAAGAACCGGUGAUGAAGCACAAUCUCGACUACUACAUCGACGUCCGAUCCAUCUGCAUCAACGGUGAGCCGGCUUCGUUCUUGCGGCGCAUGCUCGAGUUCGACUCUCUCGGCCACGGCGGGGUCAAGCUGAGCACGGUGGUUCCAUACACGACGCUCCGGAGCCACGUGUACCGGCCUUUCCUCGCGCUCUUCGCACGGUUGACGAGAGGGAUCCCGCGUGCGAAGAAGGUGAAACCUUUCGAUCUGUGCCUCAACACGAGCGCGCUAGGGUCGACGAGGGUUGGGUUGCCAGUGCCCUGGAUCGAUCUUGUGCUCGGGAACGGGAAAAACUGGACGAUCGUCGGGGCGAACUCGAUGAAGCAAGUGAGCAACGACGUGGCAUGCCUCGCGUUCGUCAACGGCGGGGAGAGGGCGGAACAAGCGGUGGUGAUCGGAUCGUAUCAGAUGGAGAACAACUUCUUGUCGUUUGAUCUGGUUGGUCAAAAGCUAGGGUUUAGCUCGUCGCUGCUGUUCCGUCAGACCACGUGCUCUAACUUCAAUUUCACGUCUUCGAGUUAAUAGUUUUCUUCGCGUAAGUGUGCUCUGUUUUGGGGUCAUUAAUUACAAGGUCAAUGGUUCUGUACAAUUUCCGCAAUCACCUAAUUAAAUGUCCAGGCUCGUGGUCGGUUUGAGCCAGAUAUAUAAAUAAAGCAUGCCUCGAACAAAGAGACUUGCUGUCAGGUUUUCAUGUAGCCAUUCUUCCCACCAUCCCCUGCCCCUUUGAUUAGGAGAUUACAAUCAUAAACA